AUGAAUAAGGAGGAACUACCAUACUCCUCUGACCUAAAAAAGAAGUGCUGUCUUAUUAAAACUUUCAAACACAUCUUACAAGGCUGUUGUGAUGACAGUGAUAAUUCAUGUAAAGUACCCAGGACAGAACUUGGGGAUUCAAUAAAUGAUCACUGCUACUUUAAUGGAGAGGCAGUUUUAUGCAUUAAUUCUACAUCACGGACUCCGGAGCGCGGCUGCGGCGCUUGCGCACUUGGAGCACGUCUGGCGUGUCAGGAAACAGCAACGUGUGACUGCCUCACAACUAGCCGCAAAGUGCAAAAGCCGCCCAAGGAUGACAAGAAGAAGAAAGAUGCCGGAAAGUCGGCCAAGAAAGACAAAGACCCAGUGAACAAAUCUGGGGGCAAGGCCAAAAAGAAGAAGUGGUCCAAAGGCAAAGUUCGGGACAAGCUCAAUAACCUAGUCUUGUUUGACAAAGCAACGUAUGACAAACUCUGUAAAGAAGUUCCCAACUAUAAGCUUACAACUCCAGCUGUCGUCUCUGAGAGACUGAAGAUUCGUGGCUCCCUGGCCAGGGUAGCCCUGCAGGAGCUGCUUAGUAAAGGACUUAUUAAACUGGUUUCAAAGCACAGAGCUCAAGUAAUGUACACCAGAAAUAGCAAGGGUGGAGAUGCUCCAGCUGCUGGUGAAGAUGCAUGAACAGGUCCCACCAGCUGUAUAUUUUGAAAAAUAAAACUUUAUUAAAUCCAAAAAAAAAA